UUCAAAGAGGAAAAACUAAAAAAAGCCAAAUCAUGGAUAAUGAAAUGGGGUGUUGGUUUUACACUUGUCAUCGUCAUAUUGUGGCCUCUACUUUCUCUUCCGGCAGGGGAGUUCAGCGUAGGGUACUUCACCUUCUGGGCCGUCAUUGCUAUAGCAUGGGGCACCAUUGGAUCGGCAGUGAUUAUUGCUUUACCAUUAAUUGAAAGCUGGGAGACCAUAAAAAGUGUCUGUGUUGGCAUGUUUACAAAUGAUAGGCUCAUGGAAAAAGUUGAGGAGAUGAAUUUCAAGCUGAAUAGUAUUAUGCUGGCAAUACCUGAAGCAGAGAAGGCAUACUUGCUUGAGAAAGACAAGGCCAAAUAGAGGAAGCAAUAAGCCUAAGGCGUUUUCACCCGGCAACAUUAGCUUACAACCCUAUACCCGUUGUCCGGAUCGCAGUGACCAAGCAACUUUCACACUUGGAGCUACAAGAUGCAUCCUUAUUUGAGAAUCUUAUGGGAUACUGCUUCAUUCAAGGUCAUCUUGUGGCAUGAAGGAAAUAAAGAGUUGAGUUGAGUUAUGCAUUCAUAAGUACCACGUUAAAAAACCGAUGGAUAAUUUAAGUAGAGAAAACUUUAAAAUAUGUUUAUGUGUCUAUAGAAUCAAGAUCUUGUCCAAAGUUUAGACUUGAAGUUCCAAUUGUAUCCAUAUGCUUAGAAUGUCAAGAAAAAACAAUUCCAUGGCACAAUUGUGUAUGGAUAGAUAAAAAUAGAAAUUUUGUGCUUGAAAAA